AUGGCGCUUUCUUUCAAAGAAGCACUUCAACGGCUUGAGAAUCAUCGCGUUAAAGCGACGCGUCCAUUGAUUCCGCCUCAAAUUCUGCAGGAAGACCUUCCUUUGACUUUUCUUGCUGCGAACACCGUCCUCGAGGGACGUCGGACAACUGAAAAUAUACUCAAGGGCGACGAUGAUCGGCUGAUGGUAGUGGUUGGCCCCUGCUCGGUCCACGACGUGGGUGCGGCGAUUGAAUAUGCCAAGCUACUCAAAGCCUAUGCGGACGUGGCUAAGGAUGACUUGCACAUCGUUAUGCGUGUGUAUUUUGAAAAACCUCGAACGACUAUUGGAUGGAAAGGUUUGAUUAAUGAUCCCGAUAUGAAUUGUAGUUUCCAAAUCAACAAAGGCCUGCGCAUCGCACGCACCCUCCUUUUAGAUAUUGCUAAACUCGGUAUGCCUGCUGGUUGCGAGUUCCUCGAUACAAUUUCGCCUCAGUACACCGCCGAUUUGGUAUCCUGGGGAGCUAUUGGCGCCCGCACCACGGAAUCUCAAGUGCACCGAGAGCUGACCUCUGCACUAUCGAUGCCCACCGGAUUCAAAAAUUCGACCGACGGAUCCGUUGGCAUUGCGAUAGAUGCAUGUCGUGCUUCUCGAAGUGGCCAUGUCUUCCUCAGUGUGGGCAAAGAAGGCCUUAGCAGUAUCAUUGAAACCGAGGGCAACCCAGACACCCAUGUAAUCUUGCGUGGUGGCUCUAAAGGCCCUAAUUAUGCCGCAGAAUACGUCCGCGACUGUGGCGAGAAGCUUUCCAAAGCUGGUCUUCCUUGCAAAAUCAUGGUUGACUGCAGUCACGGAAACAGCCAAAAACAACAUCGUAAGCAGAUUGAAGUUGUAGAAGAUAUUGCACAACAACUGGCGAGUCAGGACACGUCAGCGUUCAUCAUGGGUGUCAUGCUCGAGUCUAACCUCGUCGAGGGACGGCAAGAUUUACCGUCGAGUGGUCCUACUGGCCUCAAAUAUGGUCAGUCAGUAACUGAUGCUUGUCUGUCUUGGGACAUGACUGUUCCCGCUCUUGAUCGUUUGCGUGAAGGUGUUCGCGCUCGCCGAGAGUUGAUUUCUCAAAAUGCCAAAGGCUUGGAGCUUCUGGCUAACGGCGCGAAGUAA